AUGCUUCUAUUCAUUUAUAUCUUCUUUUCUCACAUGUAUUCUCUUCUCUCUUCUUUUCUGACCUCUCUCUUUUAUCCACUUCUUUUCUCUCUUAUAUUCCCUUCUCUCUUCUUCUCUCUCUUCUUUCUUUCUUUUUUUCUGUCACGUCUUCACACUUCUGCUAUUCACUUCUCACUUCUUUCUUUUCUUCGAUUCAUUUUUCGCUUUUUUCUUCUCUAUUCACUUCUCUCUUCUUUUUCUCUCUAUUCACUUCUCUCUUUUUUCUCUAAUUUUAUCUCUUAUAUUUACUUCUCUUUUUUCUCACUUGAUUUCCGGUCUCACAAUACUUCUUUUAUACAAUUCUCUCUUCUUUCUUUUCCUGCAUUUCCUUACCUCUACUUUUCACCCUUCUCUCUUAUAUUUACUUUUCUCUUCUUUUCUAUUCACUUCCCUCUUCUUUCCUUUCUUGUAUUCACUUCUCUCUUCUUUUCGCGAUUCUCUCUUUCAUCCACCACUUUUUUCGCUUUUUCCUUCAAUUCUCUCUGCUUUUCUCUGUUCCAUUUACUUCUCUCUUCUUUGAUAUCUUCUAUUCACAUCUUUUAUUCUAUCUUAUAUUCACUUUUCUCUUCUUUUCAAUGUUCACACUUAUAUUCAAUUAUUUUUUUACUUCUCUCUUUUAUCCACUUCUUUUCUCUUUUAUAUUCACUCUUCUCUCUUCUCCUAUUUACUUCUCUCUUCUUUCUUUAUUUCUAUUUCUUUCUCUCUUUUAUCCACUUCUCUCUUCUUUUCUUUCUUCUUUUCUCUUUUAUAUUCACUCUUCUCUCUCCUCCUAUUUACUUCUCUCUUCUUUCUUUUUUCUAUUUCUUUCUCUCUUUUAUCCACUUCUCUCUUCUUUUCUUUCUUCUUUUCUCUUUUAUAUUCACUCUUCUCCCUUCUCCUAUUUAUUUCUCUCUUCUUUCUUUUUUUCUAUUUCUUUCUCUCUUUUAUCCACUUCUCUCUUCUUUUCUUUCUUCUUUUCUCUUUUAUAUUCACUCUUCUCCAUUCUCCUAUUUAUUUCUCUCUUCUUUCUUUUUUUCUAUUUCUUUCUCUCUUUUAUCCACUUCUCUCUUCUUUUCUUCCUUCUUUUCUCUUUUAUAUUCACUCUUCUCCCUUCUCCUAUUUAUUUCUCUCUUCUUUCUUUUUUUCUAUUUCUUUCUCUCUUUUAUCCACUUCUCUCUUCUUUUCUUUCUUCUUUUCUCUUUUAUAUUCACUCUUCUCCCUUCUCCUAUUUAUUUCUCUCUUCUUUCUUUAUUUCUAUUUCUUUCUCUCUUUUAUCCACUUCUCUCUUCUUUUCUUUCUUCUUUUCUCUUUUAUAUUCACUCUUCUCUCUUCUCCCUAUUUACUUCUCUCUUCUUUCUUUUUUUCUAUUUCUUUCUCUUUUUUAUCCACUUCUCUCUUCUUUUCUUUCUUCUUUUCUCUUUUAUAUUCACUCUUCUCUCUUCUCCUAUUUAUUUCUCUCUUCUUUCUUUAUUCUAUUUCUUUCUCUCUUUUAUCCACUUCUCUCUUCUUUUCUUUCUUCUUUUCUCUUUUAUAUUCACUCUUCUCUCUCCUCCUAUUUACUUCUCUCUUCUUUCUUUUUUUCUAUUUCUUUCUCUCUUUUAUCCACUUCUCUCUUCUUUUCUUUCUUCUUUUCUCUUUUAUAUUCACUCUUCUCUCUUCUCCUAUUUACUUCUCUCUUCUUUCUUUAUUUCUAUUUCUUUCUCUCUUUUAUCCACUUCUCUCUUCUUUUCUUUCUUCUUUUCUCUUUUAUAUUCACUCUUCUCUCUUCUCCUAUUUACUUCUCCCUUCUUUCUUUUUUUCUAUUUCUUUCUCUCUUUUAUCCACUUCUCUCUUCUUUUCUUUCUUCUUUUCUCUUUUAUAUUCACUCUUCUCUCUUCUCCUAUUUACUUCUCCUUCUUUCUUUUUUUCUAUUUCUUUCUCUCUUUUAUCCACUUCUCUCUUCUUUUCUUUCUUCUUUUCUCUUUUAUAUUCACUCUUCUCUCUUCUCCUAUUUACUUCUCUCUUCUUUCUUUAUUUCUAUUUCUUUCUCUCUUUUAUCCACUUCUCUCUUCUUUUCUUUCUUCUUUUCUCUUUUAUAUUCACUCUUCUCUCUUCUCCUAUUUACUUCUGUCUUCUUUCUUUAUUUCUAUUCCUUUCUCUCUUUUAUCCACUUCUCUCUUCUUUUCUUUCUUCUUUUCUCUUUUAUAUUCACUCUUCUCUCUUCUCCUAUUUACUUCUGUCUUCUUUCUUUAUUUCUAUUCCUUUCUCUCUUUUAUCCACUUCUCUCUUCUUUUCUUUCUUCUUUUCUCUUUUAUAUUCACUCUUCUCUCUUCUCCUAUUUACUUCUCUCUUCUUUCUUUUUUUCUAUUUCUUUCUCUCUUUUAUCCACUUCUUUUCUUUCUUCUUUUCUCUUUUAUAUUCACUCUUCUCUCUUCUCUUAUUUACUUCUCUCUUCUUUCUUUUUUCUAUUUCUUUCUCUCUUUUAUCCACUUCUGUCUUCUUUUCUUUCUUCUUUUCUCUUUUAUAUUCACUCUUCUCCCUUCUCCUAUUUACUUCUCUCUUCUUUCUUUUUUCUAUUUCUUUCUCUCUUUUCUCACUUCUCUCUUAUAUUUACUUGUCUUCACUCUUCGCUUCUUUCUUUUUUUUCUUUUCGAUUCACUUCUCUCCUUUUCUCUCUUAUAUUCUUUCUUUUUUCUGUUCCUAAUCCUCUCUUCUCUUCAUUUCUUUCUUCGUUUCUCUCUUCUUUUCUCUUUUCUUUUCAUUUCUCUCUUAUCUGUUUUUUCUCUCUUAUAUUCAAUUCCAACUUCUUUUCUUUCUCCUUUUCACUUCUCUCUUCUUUUCUUUCUCCUUGUCACUUCUCUCUUCUUUUCUUUAUUCACUUCUCUCCUCCUUUCUCUAUUCUAUUCACUCUUCUCUCACUUCUCCUAUUCACUUCUCUUCACUUCCCUUUGCUUUCCCCCCUUCUAUUCACUUCUCUCUUCUUUCUCCACUUCUCUUUUUUCCCUCUUCACUUCUUACUUCUAUUUCUUCAUUUCCCUUUUUUAUUCACUACUCUCUUCUAUUGCCCUCACUCUUCUUUUCUCUUCUCUUUCCUUUCUUUCACUAAAACCAAAAAAAAGACGUCCAGGUGAGUGUUCUUUCUUUCUUUCUUUCUUUCUUUCUUUGUCAUUAUGUUCAUUAAUUAUCUAUCUAUUUAUCUAUCUCAUUAUGUCCAUUAUCUAUUUUAUGUUCAUUAUCUAUUUCAUUAAGUUCAUUAUCUAUCUAUAUAUCUAUCUAUUUAUUUCAUGUUCAUUAUCUAUCUAUCUCAUUAUAUUCAUUAUCUAUUUCAUGUCCAUUAUCUAUCUAUCUUAA